AUGAAUUUAUUUAACAGUAAUUCUGAAAGUAACAGUAGCAGCGUGCAUAAUGAAAGUAAAAAGGACAACAAAAAAAAUGUAAGCAAAAAUGUAAACAAAACUUAUGGCAAUGAUAAAAGCUUGUUUAGUGAUAAUGAUGAAAAUGCAGAGAAUAAAAUAAAGAAACGGAAAAAUGUUCUUAAAAAAAAAUGUUUGUUUAGUAGCAAUUCAUAUAGCAGUGAUGAUAUAGACAAAAAAAAUAAAAUAAAGAAAAGAAAAAAAAAACUUAAAAAGGGAAACAAUGUUUUGAGUAAUAAAUUGGAUAGUAGUUAUGAUCACGAUGUGGCAGAAUUCGAAAAAAAAGAAAAGAACCUUUUUAAUAAUAACUUAAAUGAUGAGAUUUAUUCUACUGAAAAAAGUGAAAAAAACAGAAAUGAUAUGAUAUUUAAUUAUUCCCUGUUUAGUGAUGACGAUUCAGAAAGCGUAGUUAGUCAGUACAUAAAUAAAAAAAAAAAAAAAAUAGCUAGUCAAAAUAACAAAAAAAAUAAAAGAUGGAAUAGAAACACUGAAUUAAAUAAUAUUUCAAAAAUAAGUAAAAGUAGUAAUAGUUCAAACAACGAAAUAAAUAAAAAAAAAAAAUAUGAACAUAAUCUUUUUGAGAAUGAUACUUUGGAGAGUUAUGUGUCUCAUGAAGGUGAAGAAGAAGAAAAGAGGGUUAGCAAUAAAAAAAAUAAAAUGACGAAAAAGUCAAAAAUUAUGGAAAAAAAUGGGGUAGAAAAUAAAGUGCGGGAUAAUGUAAUGAGACAUUGUGCAAAAAAUAAAACAGAUGAUAAUAAUGAAACUAUAGAUAAGUAUAUAGAAAAUGAUAUAAGUGUGUUAAUAAAAAAAUACGAUAAAGAUAUAAAUAAAAAUAGCGUAUUUGGAAAUGAAAGUUAUGACAGUAAAAAAAGUAGAUCAGAAAGUUUGUAUAGAUUAGUGAAAUUCGAACAAUUAAAAAAAAAAGCUCAAAGAAAAUUAAAAUUUUUGAGUAUUGUUGAUAUGGCAAAAGAUGGAAAUGAAUCUGAAAAUAAUUAUACUGAAAGUGGUGAAACAACAAAUGAUUAUAUUUUAUAUGAAUCAGACCAAAGCAUCAAAACUUUAGAUGAUUCUUUUUUUUCAGAUAAUUAUGAGCAUUCAGAAAAAGACAAAAGUGAGAAAAAUAGUGAACAAAAUGAAAACAUAAAUACACUUGAUAUAUAUAAUUAUUAUUACAUAAACAAUGAAGAAAUAAAUGUGAAUAAAAAAAUAAAUUUUGAAAAAAUACUUCCCCCAUCAACUGAAACAAGAUAUGAUGAGGUAUAUAAUAUGUUAUUUGGGAUAGAAAAUUCUGAAUCAGUUAAAAGUGUAGAAGUUAAGACAAAUAGUCAUAAUAAGGAUAAUAGUACAUCUAUGAAUUGUUAUAGUGAAAAUAGAAAUAGAGAAACUAGAAAAAAUAAUAAUGGAAAGAAAGAAAAAAUAAAAAAAUUAUUAGAAAAAAAUUUUAUUUUAUACAGAAAUUUUCGAAACAUAAAUAACGAAAUAUCAAGACAAAAUAAUAAAAAGGGGCUCAUAUUAAAAGAAAUAAUAUCAUCAUUUAUAAAAUUGAUAAAUGAAAAUAUGUUAAAAAAUGAAAAAAAGGAAAAUAUUGAAUAUGAUAAAUAUAAUGAAAAAAUAAAUAGUGGGUUAGAGUAUGAAGCGGAUUAUAAUAAUGAAACAAGUGACGUCGAAGAAAUGUUUAUUAGUUUUGGAAAAAAUGAAAAUAAUAAAAGAGGAAAUGAGGAAUUAUAUAAUAUUAACAACGUCGAUAAUAUUGAGAAUAUUAAUUUAAGGAAUAAAAACUUUGAGGGAAUAAAAAAUGUGAAAUGCUUUUGUCUAUUUUGUAAAGACAAAAAUGAGGUACUAGAAAAAGAUGAAUUGAAUUUAAUAAUAUUUAAAAUAAUAAAAAAUAAUAAAAAUAAAAAUACAAUGAUUAAAUUAUUUUUUAUGAAUAAUUAUAUAUUUAGAUUGUUUAUAAAUCAUUCUAUACACAAUAAAUAUAUUAUAGUUGUUUAUAAAGACAGAAAACAUGAAAAGGAAUGUAAAUAUUCUACUUAUUAUAAAUUGAGUACAUUAAUAAUAAAAAAAUUUAAUAUUAAGAAAAUUUUACAUGUUAUACCUAAAAAAAUAAUACUUACAAAUAUAGCUAUAUAUAUAUAUGGUAUAAAUUUUUUAAAUAAAAAUGAAAAAUUAAUAGUUGUAUUAAAUUUUUUGAAAUGGAAAAAAAUAAGAAAAAAUUAUCAAGAAAUUUUAAAAUUAAAUAGUAAAGAAAAAUAUACAAAUUUAAUAAUAUACAAAAAAUUUUCAUUUUUUAUUAACUCAAUUGACAAAUAUUGUUUUAUAAAAAAUAUAAAUUUAGACAUUAAUAAUAAUGAUGAAAUAAAUUAUGAUAUGGAAAAUACUUCUAAUUUUGAGAAAGGAAAUAAAAUAAAAGGAAAUGUUUGUAAAAAAAAUUUGGAUGGUAAUAAAAAUAAAAUUAAAAAUGAUACAUACUAUAGUAAUACUUAUAACGAAUUAAAAGUAAAUGAAAUAGAAGAAAAUUUAAAUACACAUUUGGAAAAUUCAGAUUUACAAUUUAUUGUAGUAGACCCUUUGCAUGUUUCAUCACUUACUGAAUCAUAUCUUUAUCCAUCUCAUUUUAUAAUAUUAUUUUAA